CCGGGGCUCUACAUUAAUCGUUUCUGAUAAAAGUAAACAUGUUUAAAGCAAGCCAAGCCAAGUCGAGGCCUGCUUCCUCCCCUUAGUUUUAAAUUUUUUCGCUUUUGGCACAGACAGGUGUGUCGUCUUGUCUUUCGUCGGAAAGCGACGUCCAGUCAAAUAGAACAAAACCGCGAUGCAUGUGUGCCCACAACUAGCUCACAUGCUCCCUCCCUCUCUCUGGAGGCUUCUUAUAAAUACGAGAGGCCUCUCCCCGCCUUAUCAACAAGGCCUUCUUCAAGUACUUGUUGAAGAGAUCACGCAGAGAGAGAUACAGAGAAAGAGAGAGUUCUUGCACAGAUCUUCUUCCCUCCCCUUGAUCUGAGAGUAGACAGAAAAGCCCUGUUAUAGUGUCGAGUGAUGGCACAGGCAGCGUUCACCGUGUUGAAAUUGAAGCCAUCGGCUUCGGACUCGAAGAAGGACAGGGAAGCGCUGGAAUUCAUAGAGAAGAUGACCACCUACACCGGCCAGGUGCAGGAGAUGGUGCUGCGGGAGAUCCUCUCUAGAAACGCCUCCACCGAGUACCUCAGGAGGCACGGCCUCGCCGGCAGGACUGACCCCAAAUCCUUCAAGGCAAUGCUGCCGGUUGUCACGUACGAGGAGCUCCUGCCGGAGAUCCGUCGCAUCGCCAACGGCGAUCGAUCGCCCAUCUUGUCAGCUCACCCCAUUUCCGAGUUCCUCACUAGUUCCGGCACAUCAGCUGGUGAGCGUAAGUUGAUGCCGACAAUAGAGGAGGAGCUCGACAGGAAGCAGUCGCUCUACAACCUUCUCAUGCCUGUCAUGAACAAGUUUGUUCCGGGUCUGGACAAAGGCAAAGCCCUGUACUUCCUCUUCGUCAAGACCGAGAGCAAGACGCCGGGAGGGCUUCCGGCCCGGCCGGUCCUGACCAGCUACUACAAGAGCGCCCACUUCCUCACCCGCCCGGCCGACCCUUACACCAAGUACACCAGCCCCACGGCUUCCAUCCUCUGCACCGACUCCUUCCAGAGCAUGUACACCCAGAUGCUCGCCGGCCUGGUGGACCGCCGGUCCGUCCUCCGCAUGGGCGCGGUCUUCGCCUCCGGCCUCCUCCGGGCCAUCCACUUCCUUGAGGUUCAUUACCAGGCGCUGGCUGCAGAUCUGGAGAACGGAACCGUGGACCCCAGAAUCACCGACUCCAAAGUCCGGGCUGCCAUCCAGCGGCUGCUGCUGCCGGACCCCAAGAAUGCGGCACAGGUGCGGGCAGAGUGCUCGAGCGGCAAUUGGCAGGGGAUCAUCAAGAGGAUAUGGCCGAACACCAAAUACUUGGACGUCAUAGUGACGGGAGCCAUGGCUCAGUACAUCCCCACUCUGGAUUUCUACAGUGGGGGUCUGCCACUGGCCUGCACCAUGUAUGCCUCUUCUGAGUGCUACUUCGGUCUGAACUUGAACCCCAUGAGCAAACCCUCUGAUGUCGCCUACACCAUCAUGCCUCACAUGGGUUACUUCGAGUUCCUGCCUGUGGACGACAACAACAACGCCAACAAUGACAAGAGAAUGGAGAUGGAGGAACUCGUCGACUUAGCGAAUGUGAAGGUCGGAAAAGACUACGAGCUCGUGGUGACAACCUACUCCGGUCUCUACCGUUACAAAGUCGGAGACGUCUUAAGGGUGGCCGGAUUCUACAACAACGCUCCCCAGUUUAACUUCGUCCGCCGAAAGAACGUUCUCCUCAGCAUCGACUCGGACAAGACCGACGAGACGGAGUUGCAGAAGGGAAUAGCUGCAGCGGAGGCGGCUCACCUUUCCGCCUACAACACGAGAGUCGUAGAGUACACCAGCUACGCCGACACCAAGACGAUCCCCGGGCACUAUGUCAUUUACUGGGAGCUCUCCUCCGGAGGCCAUGACAAUCACGUCGAGCCUCCAACGUCCGUCCUUGACCAGUGUUGCCUGACGAUCGAGCGGUCGCUGAACUCGGUUUACAGGCAAGGGCGCGUCUACGAUUGCAUAGGGCCGCUGGAGAUCAGAAUCGUGAGCAAUGGCACGUUCGAUGAGCUCAUGGACUAUGCCAUAUCUAGGGGCGCUUCGAUCAAUCAAUACAAGGUUCCUAGAUGUGUGAACUUCACCCCGAUCGUCGAGCUGCUGGAUGCGAGGGUGGUCUCUACUCACUUCAGCCCCGGUUUACCAGCGUGGUCGCCGCACCAGCAGCACCAGCACCAGCGGCCGAACAUGAUGAACUAGCUGCUUUUUUCUCAAAUCCAUUUUUCCAACACUAAAACUUGGGUGGUUGUUCAACUUUCAAGUUUGUUGUACACAGGAGAAGGGAGCAAUUUUCUUUCUUUUUGGUUGUUUCUGUUGAUUUUCCCUUGUACAUGCUGGAGUGAUGACUGUAAAGUCUUUUUCUCAACAAAAUGCCAUUAAAAAGCAGAAAGCAAAAAGGCAAUUCCAAA